AUGCCUCAAACCCCAUCCUUCAUCCUCCCAAGCCCCCGACUCCUCCCUUCCCCUCGCUCACGCCGUUCCCAACUUCCACGCCCGUCUCGCCGCCGCGCCCGCUGCCGCGCCACGGCCUCCGCCUCCCCCCGCCCGCUCGGCCCCUUCCCAUCCGUCACCCCAGUGGGCCUGGGCACCUGGGCCUGGGGAAACCGCUUUCUCUUCGGGUACUCCCCGACCGACGACGCCGCCCUGCAGCAAGCCUUCGACACCGCCCUUGCGCGGGGCGUCAACCUCAUCGACACGGCCGACUCGUACGGCACCGGCAACCUUAACGCACGCGCCGAGAUUCUCCUGGGCAAGUUUCUCGCUGACAGCCCGCUCCCCACUUCGGAUGUCAUCAUCGCUACCAAGUUUGCGUCCUACCCCUGGCGUCUCACGCCGGACUCCAUCGCGACCGCCGCGGCGCGCUCCGCGGAGCGCCUGGGGCGCCCGGUCGACCUGGGCCAGAUUCAUUGGAGCGCGUCAAAGUACGCCCCGUGGCAGGAGCGCGCCCUGUGGGACGGGCUCGCCCUGGCGCGUGAGCGUGGGUACGUGCGUGAGAUUGGUGUGUCCAAUUUCGGGCCCAAGCAGCUGGUGAGGAUCGACAAAUAUUUGCGCGAGGAGAAGGGGGUGCGCCUCGCGACCGCGCAGACGCAGCUAUCUUUGCUCAUGAGGACGCCGACAGAGGACGGGUUUUUGGAGACGGCCAACAAGUUGGGGGUGGGCGUGAUUGGCUACUCGCCACUUUGCUUGGGGCUGCUGACGGGCAAGUAUGUGCGGGAGCCGCCGAGGGGGCCACGCGCCGUCUUGUUCCGGUCGCUGAGGAGUGAGGCGCUGGUGGAAAAGCUCAGGGAGAUCGGGGAAAGGAAGGGUGGACGCACGCCGGGGCAGGUUGCUAUUGCGUGGUGCUUGGCGCAGGGGGUUAUUGUGAUCACGGGAGUAAGGAAGGCAGAGCAUGUAGAAGAGAGCGUUUCAGCGAGUGAGAUUACGUUGUCGCGGGAGGAAUGUGCGGAACUUGUCGAGGUGGCGCGGGCAGGGAAGCAGAUGAUACCGAACUCGUUUCAGACGGCAUGA